UGUGGGUGUGGGUGUGGGUGUGGGUGUGGGUGUGGGUGUGGGUGUGGAUUCCUCCUAUCUUCACCCAAAGAAUAAGUCAUAAUAAAAUAAAAAAAUCUAUAUUGAAAUUUACAAGUUUUCUUCUGAAACUAUGUUUCUUAUCUAAACUUUUUAUGUGUAUACCGCACCUCACACUUGAACUUAAGUAUUCAACUAUCUAUCUGCAAGAAGAUGACAGUGGCGGAUGAGAGGGGGCGGGCAAGAGUGUACAGGGAGCAUGGGUGUAGAGGCCUGCAGGGCAAUAUAUUUUAGCAACCUGUACUCUGCUCUGCUCAGAUUUUGACAACCUUUAACCUGCCCUGCCCUGCUAUACAUUAUAAAAAACUCUAAACUUCCAUAUCAAUUUGUUAUACAAUUUUAUUUAAUCCAUUUUAAAUCAUAGAGUGAAUAAAUAAACAAAAAUAAAAUCACAGAUCUCGAAAAUUUCAAAUCAUUAACAUAUCGUCUAUAACAUCUGAACUUAAUGCUCUGUAUAAUUUUAUAAAAUAUGUUUUUAGUAUUUAGUGUGAAAAAUUUAUAACAGGUUGACAGGUUACGACCCUCGUACCUUGCAGCCUGCCCUGUAAAAAUUUCCAUAACCUUGUCCUACCCUGUCCGGCCAGGGCAGGGUAGGGCAGGGCAAGUUAGCUCAACCUGCAGGGCUCUACAUAGGUGAUCGUAGAGCACAGGGAACAUGAGUGAGUUUAAAGCACAGGAGACAUAGGUGAGCGUGGAGCAUAGGGCAUACGGGUGAGUGUAGAGCUCAGGGAGAAUAUGAGUAAGGAGAGCAGGAGUAACUGAGCAAGUAGAACAUCAUUGACGACGAAGGGAAGAGAAAUAUAUAAAGAGAAUAUUUUAAUACUUGAAGUAGACAAUUGAAUUCCACUUUCAAGUUUGAUACUACUCAAUUUUUAUUGAGUCAGUUUUCCCUAUAAUACGAAAUCCUACCCCUUCACAGGGGCCUCUAGUGUUUGAGUCUAUUGUAACAAUUUAAACUUAAGAAAGUAAUUGAUAAUAUAUUUUCUUUUAGUAAUUGUUGCAAUGUUUAUAACUUUGAUAUAAACAUAGUUAUUAUAAUUUGUUUUCUAUUGGUCUAAACUACAGUAUCAUAUUUUCUCGUAAGCGCAGUUUAUCGAUAAACUCUUAUUUUUCUAGUUUAUCAGAUUUUUAUCAGUGACAUACAUCCUCACUUAACUAUUUUCAAUGAAAUAUUUACAUAUAUAUAUAUAUAUUAUAUUUUUCUUUUCUUAGCAUCAUCAUCAUCUUGCCAGUUAACGUUUGAAUUAUUAACUAGACAAGUCGAUAGCCAACAAGCAGAAGGCUCAAUUGCUGUGAGUGAUUUUAAUAACGAUGGUCUAUGGGAUAUUAUUUUAACUCUUUUUCGCCAGUACACUAAUAUAGUAGUGUUUGGGGAUGGCUAUGAUUCCUUCACAAGAUCAAUAACGAUAAACACGGAAUGUUCCACGACUGGAACAUAUGUCAUUGCCGCUGAUAUCAAUAACGAUGCUCAGAUGGAUAUUGUUACUGCUUGUGACGGGGGUCCAAACCUAGUCAGUAUUAUACUUGGAAAUGGUGAUGGAUCUUUUCGUGAGGCAAUAGUAUAUUCAACAGGAGAAGACGGAUAUGCCAUAUGGCUCGACACCGGCGAUUUCAAUGGUGACGGUAACUUAGACAUUGUUGCCUCUAUAUAUGGAAUUUCCGGUAAUCGUACUGUAGAAGUGUUGUUUGGGGAUGGUAAUGGAUUCAUCGGAGGACAUACACGGUUUUCGACAGGACAGAACGACCCUUCGUGGUCACUUGUUGUUGGUGAUUUCGAUAAUGACAGACAAUUAGAUAUUGCUAUCGGCAAAUUUUAUGUGCCACAGAUAGUUGUGCUGCUAGGAUAUGGCAAUGGGAGUUUUGGACCACCCAUAAUCAAU